AUAGUUCAGUUCAGAAACGCGCGAUCUGGUCGCACUGAUUGCCACACGAAAGUCGAACAAAUAAAGAAAACGUACAUAUUUAUUUUGGACAAAUGGGAGGAUCCAGCUAUGAUGUGCUCCGGAAGCAGGCGAGGAGCCUGGAGAACGAGAUCGACCUGAAGCUGGUGGCAUUCAGCAAAAUCGGUGCGGGCAGCGGAGGAGGCGGAAGUGGCGGAUUAGGAGGCGUAGACACAUCACCGCUCUUGGGCGAACAUGUCUUUGAUUCGCUGUCGGAGGAGAUUGAACAGAUGCUCGAAAAGUUGUCCUCGCUAAACGAAAACAUGUCAGACCUGCCCGCUUCGGGAGCUGCCGCCAUGCACACGCUACAGCGGCAUCGGGAAAUCCUGCAAGGCUAUCGACAGGAGUUCAACAAGAUCUGCGCCAAUCACACGAUGCGCAUCGAGCGCGAAGAGCUGCUCCGUGGCUCUGGAUUGGCCACCAGUUCCGGCAGUCCCUCCAUUUCGGGUCUGAGUCGCCGGGAGAUGUACCUGAAGGAGAGCGGCCACCUGAGCAGCGCCAGUCACCUGGUGAACGACCAGAUCAACAUCGCCAUCGAGACGCGAGAUCAUCUCCAUGCCCAGCGACAGGCCUUCAAGCGGUUGCAGACCCGCUUCAACGACAUCUCCAAUCGAUUUCCAUUGAUUUCCAGUCUCAUUCAGCGCAUAAAUAUCAAAAAACGACGCGAUUCACUGAUACUGGGAGCUGUAAUCGGGUUCUGUGUAAUCCUGUUGCUGCUUUACGCCUUUAACUAGCGACUUGCUGUCCGGAUUUGGCCAAAGAUAGAGCUUGCAUUCGACUUCACUACAAAUAACUUUUCGUUUGUUUUCCCACGACGGUAUAUAUGUAUGAUUAACUUGUGAUAGCAAUAAAAUUUAAUAUAUAAGAUGA